UGCGGGCACUGAGGCGGCCGAGGGGCGGUGAGAGCGGCGGCGGCUUCCGCGUCGGGCGGGGGGCGGCGGGCGGCGCUCGGUACCGCACGGGCAGCACCGGCACCGGCGGCGUCUCAGAGGCGGCGGUCGUUGUCGGCGCGCAGGGAAUGCGCCUGUGAGGGCGGCGGAGGAGCGGGUGCGGGUGAAGCCCGGGCGGAGAGGAGCGGAGCGAUGUCCCAGCCCCAGCAGCCGCCGCCGCCGUCCCCUCAGCAGCAGCCGCAGCCGCCGCCUCCGUCCGUCUCCAAGAAGCGAGACCGGCGCAUCUUCUCGGGCACCUGCCCCGAUCCCAAAUGCCAGGCGCGGCUGUUCUUCCCGGCGCACGGGCCGCAGGGCAGCGGCAGCAUCGAGUGCACGGACUGCGGGCGGCGCCACGAGCAGCGGCAGCUGCUGGCCGUGGAGGAGGUGACGGACCCCGACCUGGUGCUGCACAACCUGCUGCGGAACGCGCUGCUGGGCGUCAGCGGCGCCGGCCCGCCCCGCAGGAACACGGAGCUCGUCAAAGUCCACGGCCUCUCCAACUACCACUGCAAGCUCCUGGCCCCCAUCCUGGCCCGCUAUGGGAUGGACAAGCAGACUGGCAAAGCCAAGCUCCUCACGGAGAUGAAUCAGGGAGACAUCUUUGACUGCUCCCUCCUGGGCGACCGCGCCUUCCUCAUCGAGCCGGAGCACGUCGAAACCAUGGGUUACGGGAAGGACCGCUCCGGCAGCCUCAUCUACCUGCACGACACCCUGGAGGACAUCAAGAAGGCCAACAACAGUCAAGAGUGCCUCAUUCCUGUCCACGUGGAUGGAGAUGGCCACUGCCUUGUCCAUGCAGUCUCACGUGCGCUUGUUGGCAGGGAACUGUUCUGGCAUGCUCUCCGAGAGAAUCUAAAGAAGCAUUUUGAGGAGAAUCUAAGCCACUACAAGGCACUUUUCCAUGACUUUAUUGAUGCUGCAGAGUGGGAGGAUAUUAUCAAUGAAUGUGACCCUUUGUUUGUUCCUCCAGAAGGUGUGCCAAUGGGCCUUAGGAAUAUUCACAUCUUUGGUCUGGCCAAUGUGCUUCACCGGCCUAUCAUCCUGUUAGACUCCUUGAGUGGAAUGCGAAGCUCUGGAGAUUAUUCAGCAACAUUCCUCCCUGGUCUGAUACCUCUGGAAAAAUGCAUGGGGAAAGAUGGCAUGUUGAACAAGCCGAUCUGUAUUGCGUGGAGUAGCUCAGGACGUAACCAUUAUAUUCCUUUGGUUGGAAUAAAAGGUGCUGCUUUACCUAAGCUGCCUAGGAAGCUGCUUCCUAAAGCCUGGGGAGUUCCUCAAGACCUCAUCAAAAAAUACAUCAUGUUAGAGGAGGAUGGUGGUUGUAUUAUUGGAGGAGACAGAAGUUUGCAGGAUAAGUACUUGAUGAGGCUUGUUGCUGCAAUGGAGGAGGUUUUCAUGAGUAAACACGGUAUCCACCCCAGUCUUGUAGCUGAUGUGCAUCAGUAUUUCUACAGAAGGACUGGUGUAAUAGGGGUCCAGCCCGAAGAGGUCACUGCAGCUGCCAAAAAAGCAGUGAUGGACAACCGCCUUCACAGGUGCCUCAUCUGUGGGGCUCUUUCAGAGCAUCACGUUCCCCCAGAGUGGCUGGCUCCUGGGGGGAAGCUGUAUAACCUGGCAAAAAGUACUCAUGGCCAGCUAAGGCCUGACAAAAAUUACAGUUUUCCCCUGAACAGUUUGGUGUGUUCUUACAACCCUGUGAAGGAUGUGCUGGUACCAGACUAUGGCCUGAGUAAUUUGACUGUUUGUAACUGGUGCCACGGUAACUUAAUGCGUCGUGUCCGAGAAGAUGGGUCUGUUUUGUAUAUUGAUGGAGACAGAACUAAUACCAGGUCUUCAGGUGGCAAAUGUGGCUGUGGAUUCAAGCAUUACUGGGAAGGUAAAGAGUAUGACAAUCUGCCUGAAGCUUUUCCUAUAACUCUAGAGUGGGGUGGAAGAGUGGUGAGAGAGACUGUCUACUGGUUCCAGUAUGAAAGUGACACCUCUUUGAACAGCAACGUGUAUGAUGUCGCCAUGAAACUUGUUACCAAGCACUUCCCCGGUGAAUUUGGUAGCGAGAUUCUUGUGCAGAAAGUUGUCAACACAAUACUGCACCAAACUGCCAAAAAGAACCCUGAUGAUUAUACCCCUGUAAAUAUCGAUGGUGCUCACGCCCAAAGAGCUGAUGAUGUACAGCAAGGACAAGAGGUAGAGUCGCAACUUCCAACCAAAAUCAUUUUGACCGGACAGAAGACUAAAACUUUGCACAAGGAGGAGUUGAAUAUGAGCAAGGCUGAAAGAACUAUUCAGCAGAACAUUGCGGACCAGGCUUCCGUAAUGCAGAAACGGAAAAGCGAAAAAUUGAAACAAGAGCAUAAAGGGCAGCCCAGGACUGCUUCCCCUGGGGCUGUUCGUGAGGGGCCCUCGUCUGCACCCGCUACACCCACCAAAACCCCCUACUCUCCAACAUCUGCAAAAGAAAAGAAGAUUCGAAUAACCACCAACGACGGGAGGCAGUCAAUGCUUACCUUGAAGUGCACUACCACCUUCUUGGAGCUCCAGGAAAGCAUAGCGAGGGAAUUUAAUAUUCCCCCGUAUUUGCAAUGUAUUCGCUACGGCUUUCCUCCAAAAGAGCUUCUGCCUCCCAAAGAAGGCAUGGAAAACGAGCCUGUUCCUUUGCAGCACGGUGACAGGAUUGCCAUAGAAAUUCUGAAGGGCAAGGAGGAAGGCAGGCAGGCUGCCUCAGCUCACUCAGCCCAUGCUGUGAAGCAUGAAGAUAUUGCUGUGACCAGUAAGAUCUCAUCGAAGGAUCUGCAAGAGCAAGUCGACAAGGAGAUGUAUUCACUCUGUCUUCUGGCAACGCUCAUGGGAGAAGAUGUUUGGUCUUACGCAAAGGGGCUUCCUCAGUUGUUUCAGCAGGGUGGAGUCUUCUACAGCAUAAUGAAGAAAACAACAGGUUUGGCUGAUGGCAAGCACUGCACUUUUCCACAUCUGCCUGGUAAAAAUUUUGUGUACAAUGCAGCAGAGGACAGACUAGAGCUGUGUGUGGAUGCUGCUGGGCACUUCCCAAUUGGUCCUGAUGUUGAAGAGCUGGUCAAAGAGGCCUUAAGUCAAGUGCGAGCAGAAGCUGCUUCAAGAAGCAGGGAAGCAAGUCCUUCGCAUGGAAUACUGAAGCUGGGUAGUGGUGGAGUAGUGAAAAAGAAAUCUGAACAGCUACAUAACAUAACUGCAUUUCAAGGAAAGGGUCAUUCCCUAGGAACUGCAUCUAGUAGUCAACAACAUGAUCAAAGAGCCAGGGAAACACCACUUUUAAGAAAGCAUAGCACAGAAACGGACUUCAGUCCUUCUGCUAAAAUUGAGCCUUCUGUAUUCACAGCUGCUUCUGGUAACAGUGAGCUUAUUCGAAUUGCUCCGGGAGUUGUGACAAUGAGAGACAGCAGGCAGCUUGACCCCACUUUGAUUGAGGCACAGAGAAAAAAGUUGCAGGAAAUGGUCUCUUCUAUUCAGGCUUCAAUGGAUAGACAUUUGCGGGAUCAGAAUACAGAGCAGUCAGCAUCAGUUGAUGUAUCUCAAAGAAAAGUAGAGGCAGUGAGUUCAACUGCUAAAACUGGGAGCUUUCAGGCUGCCUUACCCGAAUCAUUCUCUGCACCAAGUGGUACUGAACCCUUGAAUACUGAAUCAACUGAUGGUAACAUGGUGAAUUCUGUGGGAACAACAUUCCCUGCAAGGUCUAAAGCACAAAAGGGAAAUUCUGUUGAGGAGCUUGAGGAGAUGGAUAGUCAAGAUGCAGGAAUCACUAAUGCAACUGAGCCAAUGGAUCACUCUUGAUAGGUUAAAAUCUAAUAAGGGUAGAAGAAAUUACUGUUCAAAUGUUAUGUUUAUUGGCUGGGCCACACAAAGUGAUUAGUUAUUAAAUCUUGUAUGUAUGUCAAAGAUUAUAUCAUCUUAUUCAGUGCAUGAUAAGCAUGUGAUUGGCAAUAGCUUUCAAUAUUACCAUACUGCUGCCCAGGCUGGCUCUGUUACCUGUAAAUUAGUUAUUAGGAAAUGCACUGAGAUGAAUAUCUGCUGUACAUGUGGGUUCUUGAAAAUUCUUUGUAAUUUUUAAUUUCUUAGAAGUCUUAAAAUUUAAGCCCAUGCAAGGUUCUUACCAUGCUAACUUAAGGUUACUGGAAGGGCUAGAACAGGCAAAACUAGAAACAUGGCAAAGUUAAUUCUGUCCCAGGUACUUGAUUCCAAUAAAAAUACCCUUUGUUAUAAAUUAGACAUACAUUUCAAAAAGUAACUGAAACUAAACUUCUGAUAAAUUUGAUAAUGCAGCAUAUACAGUGCUUUUAAUUACCCUUGCUGGCACUUCUCCAAUUUAAUAACUUUUUCAUUCAUAUCCUCCUCUCAGAAAUCUUAGAAUAAGUGUAACUUUAGUAAACUGAAGUCUAAAUUCUCCUAUUGUCAGUUAGAAAGCAAGUUAGGAAAAAGGCCACAUAGCAUAUGAUGAAGAUGCAUUGAAUGUGGUGUGGUUAUGCAUGGCUGUCUGAGCCAACACAACCAUUUUGGUGCUCUCUUGGUAGCAUUUCUUCUCAAAUACCAAACUGAUCAGGUGGUUGUGCAACUUUUGAGACAAUUACAGGAGAGAAGUUGACAAUUGCAAGUAAGAGCAAGUGUUCAAUGGCAAAUCCAUUUCUUUUAGAAGACUUAGAUUGCUAGCAUUGGUUAGAAUGGCAAAAAUAAAAUAACAGCUGUCCUCUUAAGAGCAAAUUAACAAUUUAUUGGAAGGAAAUUACUCUCUAACACACAUUAUCCUAAAGUGUUUGGUGAUAAUUGAGCUUUUAGAAGCUCACUGUUUACUCUGUGGGAACAAGGGAUACAUGCUGUUUCGGUGUCUAUAAGGACUACCCACCUCUCUCAGCCUCACUUCAGUUUGUGAUGCAGAUUUCCCUGCAUCAGUGAUAAUAGAGCUGGUAUCCACUUAAGCAGUGUGUUCAUCAGACCUGUAGUGCUAGUUUUUAAGAAGCAGCCAUUGUGCUUGCUCCCUAAGGGUGGAAUGUGUUUCUGAUAUUGCACUUUGCUUCCUAUCUUCAUAGUAAUUUAAAUGCACUAUUGUUGCUGCUUCUCAUGGUAAAAUAACAUUGAAUGGAUGAAAAGAUGUUAAUACAGCUUCAAAGGAAUUAAGAGUAUUUAAAUACUGAAGUCUGUGUUUGUGCACAUGUAGGUUUUUACCAGUUCACAAAUGUGGUUUGUGUUGUAUAUGUUUGUAUUCAGGAGAGUCUUCUCACUUUUUACAUUUCUAAUCACUUAAACAGUUCUAAGCGUUAGUAUGAUAAAAUGUCCCACGGGGAAGGAUUUAUUUUUGUAUGUAGAACUGAAAUGAAGCAAGUCACUUAAAGAAUAGGCCUUCUCUUUUGUCAAAGUAAAUUAAAAUUACUCUGUUGGUUAACUUUUUAUGUAGAUGGUACAAAUAUUUUAUGAUUUCAUACACUACUUAGAGGGAAAA